AUGAAUAAAUUUAGCUUUAUGAGAAGAUUUUUUAAAAAUGUCGUUCAGAAAAAUGAAAGAAAUAUAAUGGAUAGAAAAAAAGUAACAAAUGUUGGUAGAGGGACUAUGCUAUUAAUGUCGCCAAUUUUAUUUGAAGUUAAACAUAAAGAAGAAGAGAAUUCUCCCAAAACAGAGCAUAUUUUUUUAGCUGGAAAAACAAUAGACUUUCUUACACAAAAAUUGUUUGAAAAUGAAUUUGGUACAUCCAUAUUAUAUUUAAGUUUUUUUGUUGCAUAUUUAAGCUUAUUAGCUCAUGACAACAAAAUUAAUUUAUUAGUUCAAAAAUUAAAGUUUAAAUAUUCAAAUAAUAUGUUUAAUGUUGGACAUCCUAACUAUAAGAAUUAUUUAAAAAAAAGAGAUAUACUAGGAAAAGAUUAG